CUUGAAUAUAUACCUAGUUAUCUGUGAGUAAAGUUGUGAAUUUAUUAUUUCCGCAGUCCGCUACGCAUACCGUAAUCGCAUUCCGGUUUUUUGAUCGAGUUCAAUCAUGUAGCUACAAAGUUAAAGUGUUAACGAUAGUACAAAUUAAUAAUUAUUUAUAAUUUACUCGAAUGUAGCAUUGAAAUUUGCUCAAAUCUAAAAGUAUUUUAAAUUAUUAUCGGUAGAUAUUGUGAAUGUUAAAGUAAGUAGACUUAAAAGUGGGUAACUAUGUCGCGCCAAGUGGACUUGAAUAUUAACAAAUUACUUGAUGGAUUAGGCCUCGAUGGAGAUGAAAAUGAUUUUUGCGACUUUACUAUAGCCGACCAGAACUCUGUUGCUGAAUCUCAAGGUAUAACACCAACGACUCCGUCAAAUUUUAAACCCAUACUUGGCAGUAAUGUUACUUAUGUUGUAGCAUGUGUAAUAUUAAAUGAAAACAAUGAGAUUUUAAUGAUGCAAGAGGCCAAAGAAAGUUGCGCUGGUAAAUGGUAUCUUCCUGCGGGUCGUAUGGAGAAAGACGAAACAAUUGUUCAAGCCGCAGCUAGAGAGGUACUUGAAGAAACUGGAUUGUACUGCAAACCAGAAACCUUACUAGUCGUAGAAACCGCGGGCGGAACUUGGUACAGAUUUGUUUUAACCGGAAAAGUGACUGGGGGUGAACUCAAAACUCCGGCGAAAGCUGAUAAAGAAUCUUUACAGGCAAAAUGGAUUUCAAAUUUGGAUGAAAUAACUUUGCGAGCCAAUGACAUAUUGCAUUUAAUUGAGAGAGCUAAAAUGUACAAACAGAGCCGUCCUGGUGAAACCUGGCAUAGAAAUAUUCUACCAGUACCAACUCCGCACACAAAAGAUCUAUUAAGACUUAUAGUCCUCAUUAAAAAAAGAAGUACAAACAAAUUGCAUGUUUUAUUAAGUGAGAAAAGUGCUCUACAUUUUCCUACAUGUGAAAUCAAUCCAGCUAAAAGUGUUCAUUCUACAUUGAGGAGGUUUAUGGUUGAAAUGUUUGGCGCUGACGUUGCACAACACAGGCCAUUGGGUCUCUUUAAUGUUGAAGCUGAUCCUUCGGCUCAUGGCUGUUGUCUUUCAUUACUAGUAGUAUUCAGACCUCCACUCGAAGAAGUGCCUUUAAUUGGAAAAUGUGCUUGGCAUGAGCUAUCACAAGAAGUUGAAAGGAAUCUCUUACCUGUUGUGUCUAAAAAAAAUUCUACAAUUGAAUUACAUGUUGUACGUUAAAAUGAUAAUGAUGACAUAUAAUUUUUGGUGUAAUAUGAAUUUCAAAUACUCAUUUGUUGUUGGCUCUCUGUUAUAUUAGAAGGAAACUUUAAAAUUUUCGAUUUAAAAGAAUUACUAUAACAGUUGAAAAGAAGAAAAUUGAUUACAAAAUGGCAUGAUUUAUUUAUUUUACAUUUGCAUUAUUUAUAUUAAUUAUUUAUUAUUUUAUUGGAUCUGAUACUAUGUUAGCUACAUGUAAACGAGUUUCUAUUUGACAUUUUUUAAUUUAAAUGUAUGUCUGCAAAAUUCUGUUAAUAUUAAUUAAAUAAUCAUAUAAUUGUGUAAGAAGUUUAACAAGACAAUUAACAUAUUGUAGAGAAAACUGGUGAAGGACAAUGGGGACAAUAUAUAAAAAAUUCUAACCUACUAACCAAAUUUUAGCUUGCCAACAAAAUGAUUCACUUUUAUCAGUUUAAAUAAUAUUAUUUUGCAAGCUAGGUAAAAGAAAAAGUUUUACAUAUGAAUCAAAAUAAAUAGCAAGACUGAUUGUUGAAGCAAAAAAAAACUGUUUGAUACUAUGAAUAAUGCUUUUUUUAUUAAUGGAAUAUUAUUUUAAAACUAGCUUUCCGCCUGCGUCUACACCUGCAUAUUCAAAGGUAAUUCCCAGGUUUUAAUUAGAUAUUUCAUCACAGUAAAUUAGCCUUUGUCACUCUAGCCACCUAUUUCAAGACAUAAAAAUUAUAUCAUGAAAUCCUCCCCCUCAACAUAAAAGAAAGACAAACAAAUAAAGUUUCUCAUUUAUACUAUUAGUGAUGAUUUUAAGCUAUGAUAUUUCUUUAAUGUACUUAUUGGCGAUUUAUUUAUUGGGCAGGCACAUCACUUCUUAAUUAAGCCGCCGCCUAAUAAACUGUACUCUUUUUUAAUUAAUUUUGUAUUAUACAAUUUAUUGAAGCGUUAAUUAAUAAUUAAUCCUAGGUAUAUAUUCAAUAAAAACAAAUCAGUAUUAAAUUAACAUUCCACUGAGUCUAAAUUUUGUAACAUCUAAUAAUACUGUACCCAAUAACUAAUACAAACUAUUGUAUUGAUUCCUUUUUCUCUAGCAAAAGGCAGCUAGUUAAAGUACAGACAAAGGGUAAAAUGAGUCUUAUGUACAUACAUCAUUGGGUACAUACAUACAAUAAUUUCAAUAUUCAGAUUAUUGAUUUUUUAUUUUUUAUUUGAAGGUGCUAUUAUGCAUUUUACUGCAUAUUAUUAUGUUUGAGUUACAUAUAUUAUAUUAAUAUGUUAAAUCCUAAAUAAAAUAUUUUUCUAA